UUAUACACUUUUGUAAAUAAGUGAUUUUUCUCCACUGAUGUGCGCUAAUGAGGCUGCAGUAAUGGGCACUGAUAGGCUGCACUGAUGGACACUGAUAGGUGGCACUUAUUGGCAGCACUGAUAGGUGGCACUGAUUGGCAUUAAUAGGUGGCACUGAUGGGUGACAUUGAAAGGCAGCUCAGAUGGGCAUUGAUAUGUCGCAUUGAUGUGCACUGGAAUGCACUGAUAUGUGGCAUUGAUGUGGCAGUGAUGGGCACUGACAGGUGGCACUUCUGGGGCCACACUGAUCAUCAGGGCACAAGUCCCCUCUGCGGAAAGCCGAUU